CUUGUUAUUGUCGGGGGCUGCAUCCAGCGGCGUGAUACUGGCGCUCGACGGAGGGUGAGGCGGCUCCGCGACUCACUGACGCCAGGCCGAGCAGCUCCAAGACGGGCAGAGAGAGCACACAGGAGUAGACACAGAGAGGAAGAGAGAGAGAGGGAACAACACCUUUGAAAGAAAAAAGGUAGUGUAAAACUUUUGGUUUAUUUCUAAUGGUGAAAAAUGAAGCGUUUCUGUAGUUUUAUUUCUACUUGUUACGGUGUGUAUGCAUAUGUUUGGAGGAAAAGUAGAUCCCAACGACUAUCAACUCUGAAGUGAAUCUAUCAGUGGGCAACUUGAAACUUUUUUUUUUCCUCCUUUCAUCCUCAGUACCUGACUUUGGGUUGCGAGUUAUGUCUCACUUUCUCAGAGAUUCAAAACAAUUGUUUUAUCUGUAUUUAAAACAAACCGUUUUAACAUUGAAAGAAAAAAUGUGAAGUUGACAAUCUUGCUGUACAGGCCAGUAAAUAGGUUCUUUUGAGGAUAUGUGCAGCAAUUGGUUAAAAAACACCAAACAUUUAGGUCAAAUCUGGAAAUAGAAGAAGCACUAGUACACAGAAAGGCAUUCUACGAUGUAUAGUGGUUAUUCAGUGGGGAAUAAUGACUUAAGUGUAGCUAUUACUGACACUGGUUUGGGGCUAUUUAGUUCUUUAAACUACAGUAAGUUGUAUUCUGUGAAAAAAGGCCCUUUUAGUUUUCUUGAAGUCUGUGUAAUUGCCUCCAAAAAGCUGAAACUGAAUGUGUUAUAUCAUAUUGAAGAUAGUAUAAACUGUUGUCAAAACUUUGAAUGAUUAGUUUUGUAAUGAUCAGCUAAUCCCUUCAUCAUUUCACCCCUGUACUGUAUUCAGUGAAAUAAACCUAUGGCUUAGCACGUUUGAGAUAACUAACCUAUAGGAUGGGGAGUGAUAGGAGAGCUUGUUGUAUCUUACCCUCAAUUAAUCAUCUUUUGAUUCUACUAAACUAGUGAAUGAUGAAUUAAUGAAAUGCAUUACAAGCAUAUUACAUUCAUAUGGUGAUAAAGUCACAUGCCAUCUCUUUGCAAGAAGCUAUUUCAAAGUUUUUAUUUUGUUGGGGGUUUUUUGCUAACACAGGUUCACUGUACCUAUUUAAACUGAUUCACAGAGAAACGUUUCACAUGUCUGUGGAUUUAGUUAUGCUAUGUUUAUGAAUUUGUGUGUGUGAAGGAAUGAAAGAGAGGUAGGGAGUGUGAGAGACCUACAGCAGCUACAGCUCAGGCUGGAUCUCCUGACAUUAUUGAAGAUGACAUAUCAGAUUACCCAAAGGACAGGAAUUUGUCCUUGUCUGUGAUUUACCUUGAAUUGUUUUAUUCUUCUGCAUUCUCUUCAUAUGUGGCUCUAAAUUUUGAUCAAACUUAAACAGAGGUUUUAUGGGUUUGGGUCAGUACAGGUAGUUUUACUUUGGGGUAUUUUUUUCCAAUAAAAAGCAGUGCAGAUUUGAUGACCAGAUGCAUGUAGUAGCUCCAUUUUCCUGCUAAAAAAAAAAGGAAACCGACAUUUAAUGAUCUCUAUAUCUCUAGUUAAACAGUACAGUCUAUCGUUCUAACAGUACAUCAAGCCACGAUAAAAGAAAGGGCCGGACACUACUCAACUACAGGGUGUAAAUAUAGGUUAGCAGCAUUCCUGUCUCCAGAUAGUCAGUCACAACAGUAGUGAAUGACAUCAAAACCCACCAGUGUGUCUGCACGGUCAGGACGACAUAGCUUGCCAUGUGUCGGGGUGAGGUGUCCACCCUAACACAACACUAACCCAACACGGAGUGCCAAGCAUGGUUGAGAUAGCUGCUUGAAACCCCAUGUGUUUGCAAGUUAUGUCUGCAGUCAGUGGGUGGACUGGUGUGUCUGGGACAUAAAAAAGUCUGAUCCUAGUUCAGCCUUUCAGAUUCAGAACAAUGCUAACCACAAGUUUGGUGACAGGAGGUUUUGUAGUGUUUUUCCAUGUCAUGUUGGACGUAGUUCCCUGUACACCAGUGGGCUUGUCACUAGGUCAGAGCUGUAAACUGUUCGAGACUGACCUCAGUCGGUUACUGGAGGCUUGCAGGUCAAUGCCAUGUCUAGUCAUUGAGGUCAGCACCUCAUGUCUGACUUUCAUUAUGUAGAGCUUUGCUCUGUGACUGUUCUAUAAGCACAAGUGGAUUGGGUAGCUAACACAUGUGCUGAUAUUUAGUUAAUUUGACAGGAUACAACAUAGUGUGUGAACCCUGUUCAUACACACCUUGCACCCUGCAAAUGUUUGGACAUUGCUCUGAUGGGUUGCAUGUGUAAACCUCAGUAAUAAUUAAAUCUAUCCAUCCGACUUUCAGUGGGCUCUUUUCUACAAACUCCCUUUGGAAGAAAUCAGUGUGAAGACAGGGCUAAUGUGAGUGCAGCAGAAAGUAGUCAAGAACAUUUUCCUUGAGCAGAGAGGCCAAGGUGAUAAAAUGUAUGUUUCAGUUUCACUGCUCUUGGUUGCACUUAGAAAAGGGACCCAGCAGCAGAGAUUACGUUGGCCUGUGUUUACCAGGAUUUGUCUGGUUUCACAAGUAGUUGUCUGGUAGAUACAGAUGCAUUUGGCCAAAAUGCCCAGUGGCGAAGAAAAACUAAAUAUAGAAAGAUACUGGUCUAAAUAUAAGACAGGUUGUUAUUUUUUUUCUUUCGAAUUCAUGUGGAAAAAAAUUGAUCAUACUUAGGGUCUGAAUUUUUACAUUUCAUUAUGUACUUAGUUUUUAGAUUACAUUGAAACAAUAACAAACAAAUGUGUUUCCUCCGUCACUCACAGGAUAUUGUAAAGUACAACAUGUAUUAAGUAUAACAAAAAAUACAAUAUAACUUAAAAUGUUUGGACGGUUCCGUAGCACCACAUGUCUGGAAGCACAGUUAAGUGAUUAUAUUUUAAUGAGCCUCUCUUCUCUCUCUCUCCCUCUUGUGCUUUCUCUGCCCUUCCCAGUGCAGCAGGUUGGCAUUGAUGUGCUUCAUCAGAGUGCAUGAUGAAAUUAACAAAUUUAAGAGUUUCAAAAUGUAAGUGUGAUUUGUUGGGUUAUCAGUAUUUGUGUUUUAUUGCUGGUAAAUGUUGGUUACUGAGUAUGUUAAUCAAGAACCUACAGCCAAUGGUUGCACCAAGAUCAGAAUACUGGAUUGUCAUUGGCUGAACUGUCUUAUAUAAAGAAGUCUACUAUAAAGUAGGAGUGGGUGAUAUCACCUUCAAUACAUAUCACCGUAGUUUAUUUGUUUGCCUUAUCUGGUUAAUAUAUUGUGGUACUGAGAACAGAGGACUUUUAUUGUGAAGAGUUGGCCAAAAAACCAAAUGUGUUGCGUCUUGUAAACUGAGCUUUUGCAGAGCUGCAUUUGGGCUUUUGUCUGGAGUUGCAGUAUCCCUCUGUGACUAUGAGUUGCAGCCGACUUUUUUAUAUCAAUUUUGACUCAAGACAAUCAAGUCAUCUUUAGUAACACUCAAGCAGGGAGACCUGUCGUAGCAAAGAUGCAAAUCCUUGCCAGGCUGUUACUUGUUCGGAUCACACUUAGCACAGAAAAGAGCACAAUCUCAACUGAUCGCUGAACAAAGUAGCAAAGAGUAAGAGUGAUGUUGGCCUUGUGGCAGAAAGAAAAAGACAUUGCAGCUGAGUGGAAAAACUUGUCAGUCGGAUCGGAUCAAUAUCGGUAUCGGUCAGUAUCGAGGGCUACAAUAUCAGUAUCGUAUUGGAAGUCAAAAAGUUGUAUCGGGACCCCCCUGUUGUGAGUUUUUCCACCAGGGGGCCUUGGCAGGUGCAUUUUUUUUUUUUUAAAUACUUCGUAUUGUGUUUACAGUGUUUUGAAAAGAAAACAAAAGCUCGCCUAAAUGCCACUUAAGAAUGAAAACAGGGCUAAUUUUCUGCGGUGCCCCCCAUUGUGGAAAGUUUUGGUAGCACCUUUCUUAAAACACUUGCUACGCCACAGAGUUUUUGUUAAAUUGGCGAGCAUUGGGCCGGUGUUCAUAGCAAAUGCAUCAUACUGAAUUGGCUGCUCCUUUACCAAAUGUUGCUAUUUUCAGUGAUAAAAGUGGAAGUUUCACAACAGUCUAGCCUACUGAGUCGCCCACACUGUCUCAUAAUUUCAAUCAUAGCAAAGUUUAUGAGUAAAUAAUGACUGAUGUUCACACCCCAGCUGUGUAUGACUCAUGCAUAUUCUUUGAUUCAGCAAUUCUUCAACCAAAGUAAAUUUCAAAUCAUUUUAGACCACUUAAUUUUGGGAAAUAUCUUUUAAACAUGUCUUUGUUUGGGCACUUAACAUGUUGACAGUUUCGUUUUGUUAAAGAAGUUGCAGGAUUUUCGAGAAAGAAGAUGUAUUUCCCUUUUUUACUUAUAUGUGUAAUUUACAACAUUAAAUAAGCUUAAACCCGCAAUUCAAUUGUGUUGGCUUAUUUAUAUACAUUUUCCCAGAAUUAGUAUGCUGCUAUUAUAGUACCAAACAAUACCCUAAUAUGUUUACAUAGAUUUAAAAUCAUACAGAUUUUGACAUUUCAUACUUUCCUCAGUCCUUUUGGAUGUUGUAGUUUUUGCUUCGAAAUCAUUCCUCUGAGUAGUAGCUUGACAGCUGCUAGUCUGUUGAUGCUCUUAUACAUUAUUGCUGCAUUGCUGUGAUAUGUAUUUAUUUGAAGGUAUUAAUUUGAAGGCACUUUGUUUCUUCUUUUUACUCAGUGAUAAUCCUUAAAUGUACUUACUUCAGUGUGUGCUCCAGAAAUCAGAGAUGUAAGUGUUUUCAACCUCUUUCUCAAAAGAAUCUCAGUUUAUUUUACAUCUCUGGCUUUUCCCUCACUCUCACUUUCUCCUUCACUCUCUGCAUCAAUCUCCCUCUCUGCCUCUCUCUCACUCACUCCAUAUCCAUCCCUCCCUCCCUCCCUCUCUUCCUGCACUCCUCUGUUUAUAGCUAGUGACUCCAUUGAGUGGGGGCUAAUGGAGGCCCCAUCCAGGACCCUGCUGAUAAAUAAUGUAGCUUCUUUAUAAUGCUCCAUCCCCUGGGAGGGUCCAGAGAGCAUCAUUACUGCCUCCUCACCCUACACAGCCCAAGCCUAAAUUGAUUAACAGACACUAGAGCGGUGCAAAAUGAUCCAUGAGUCUAGUGUAGUGGCUAACAGCUCGCACCAGGUGGGUCAAAGCCUCCGCCCGUCAGUGUCGCAUGAUCCCACUCGGUGCUCCCAUUAGCCUCAGUUUGUGUCCAGUGGGCUAACUGAUGGCCAUAACAAGCUACUACUAACACAAUAGCGAGAGAGCAUUGCCAGGUCUUGGCUGUAGGGAAUGUCAGAAUGGUUUUUAUGGAGCUGUAGUGUAAAUGAUGGUGUGUGUUUCAGCUUUUAUAGUGAGGGGAGCAGCGGCCAAGGCUAAAGCAGGAAUCUGUUUGGCUCUUUGUUGACCGUUUGAGACAAGAAAGAUGGGGACUUAGAGGUUGAUGGCUUUGUAGAAGUGGUCAGUGUAGGAAAUAAAUCCUCAUUGAGCCCCAUUAGAAGUAGAUUUAUUGCCAAAAUGUUGGUUGAUCUAUGUCAAAUUAAUGCAAAGGGGAUAGAAGUCAGUAAUCGUUAGUUUGAGUAUUUCACCAACAGCUUGUUUUCUUUGGUGUGUUAAUGUAAUUCUAAUCACUUUAUGAUUUCUUGAGAUUUAAAAAAAAAAAUGUUUUUUUUAACUUGAAGAGCAAGAAAUGAUCAAGUAUAUCCAAGAGUCUGAAAGGAUAAGCAGUGAACCAGUGUGAGCUCAAAGCCUAUUAAUAGAAAAACCUUCAGUGAAGAAAAGCCUAUUUAUGUCAUGCAAACAUCCAAGUCUAUACAUAGUUUAGGAACAGAGAGGCACAAUGGCGCCUUCAUAUUUUGACUGCCUCUAAGAUUACUCUAAACUAGCAUUGUCCAGAGAACCAAGACAUAGCUUUAUAAGACCCUUUGAGUUAGCAUGAGGUUAGGCUUGUAGUCACAUAUUUCUGUCAAGGGUGCAAAUAUCCAAGAGAUAUGGCUGCCAGCUGCCAGAAUGACAGAGGAUUGUGAAGCCUGCUCCAGAUGUUAGGGAACUCAACGAUCUGGAGUCUUCCAUCUGAAAUGGAUUAAAGGUAUUCUUUCUGCAGAUAGUCCUGAACUUGUGCUGAUAGUGCUGACUGUUAGUAAAAGGCCAUCAAGGCAGCUCUGUGGCUGGAAGUGGAUCAAAAAGACUCUCUGAAUAUCUGGCUGGUGACCCUGACACAGAGAUGAUUUUGCACUUUUGGUUUCUUGAACUUUAAUUGUGUUGUUCUGCUCCAUUACCCAGCUUUAAGGAUAUUUUUCGCUUAAUGCACAGUAGUGCAUAUUCAUUUCUGCUGAGGCACAUCUAUAUAGUGUUGCUCUUUUAAUAACUUGUAACUUAUUUUCAUAUGAAUUAAAGGCUGAAGAUGCAUCUGCAGCAGAACCAAAGGAGCACACUUUUUAAUAUAUUUAAAUUGAAUUAAACUUAAUUCAGACUUUUAAAAUCAGUUUUAUUGGGGAUCAAUUUAAAAAAUGCAGAUACAGACAACUUCCAAAUGCUGAACAUUAGUCCCCAACAUUGUGAACGUAGCUGAACAUUGUGCCAGGAGAGCAUUUCUGUUUUUUUUUGUUUGUUUUUUUUUGCAUCUUUUUCAUCUUUUGUUUCUUCAAAGUAAAGAUUCUACCAAGUAUUAAAUUGACAUAUGGAUUGGCAUCUUUAGUAUAUUGCCCUUAAUAAUAAAACAUUUCACUGAUAACACAAAUACAUUAAGUUUUGGAAUCAAGAAAACAAUCAAGAAACAAAAAUCAAAGGUUUGGCUCAGCCCUGUCUUCUGCAGUUGACUUUUCCUCUGUCGAAGGAAUGACAUUUUUAAUGAGAGACUGAAGAGGAGACUUUUCAUCUGAUGGCCCCUUCAAGGAAACUGCUCUUCUCUCUUCCACCCUUCACCUUAGGUAAACCUGAAGGUGUUGGCUAGAGGAAGUGAUGUCUCUGCUACACUGCUGAUGAAAGAUACUAAGACCUAACCACAGAACCUGUUUCCUGUCUCUUUGAAGGUGUCUAGCUGCUCUUUUAGGAUACUAGCAGGGUGAGAUAUCACAGUGAGGUCUGGAGGCGUAAAAGGUAUCAGUGUUGAGAUGAACUUCCCCUUCAUCUCUCUCUCUCUUACACACACACACACACACACAUACACACACACCUGCUGUUUAUCCCCUCCCUCCUGUAGUAGUAGUUCAGCGUCACUCUUGACCAGCCAGUGUGAUUCAGGUGGCUCUACUAAGUAUAGAUAUGUUCUGCUUUCCUCCUGGUGUGGUUGGCAGUUAGUGUCCCAGAACCCCACAACACACACUACUCACAAACACACGCAUACACACACACACAUGUUGUAAACAGCACCUGUUCUCAUCAGACUCUGCUGCCUGCUGGUCAGUAUGAUGCAGCCUACGUAUGCAGUAGCUGAUAAAGAUAGAGAUCGCUAUUCAUCCCAUAAUCUGAAGGGCCAGGAAUAACUGCGGAGCAGCUGUAAUGAUGUAUUUGUUCCUGCUCGUAGGAAAUCCAAUAUACUGCAGGCUUUACAGUCAGAGAGUGAUGCAUCCUUACCCAUGAGUCAGUGCGGAUCACUUGGUGGAGUUCUGACAAGUUGUUUAUUUGAUUCUGGCCGUGUAUCAGAACUUCUGCGCAAAGCCAAACCUCAGCUGUAAUGAUGUUUUUAUCUCCCUAAUUGCAUUCAGAAAAAAAAGCUUGAAAACGAGGUGGAACCAGGAGAGCUCAAUGCUUUCUUGUUUCCCUUUUGAAUUUUGGAAUGUGUACACCUCCUGGCCUCUGAAUUGCUCCUGUGGGAGCAGAGUGAAUGGGCACAUUUAUCCUGGGGUCUACAUGCACUUCCUUUUUAUUGUCCCGCACAUUGCCAGAUUUUUGCCCCAAAGCAGCAUUUGUUGGUUGGCUGUGGAGAAGCCUCUGCCUCGGCGAGCAGCUCCUUGAAAGUCUCUUUUCCACUGAUAUCUAAAAGACCCUUUAAAAUUUUUUAUUUAUGUAGAGUUAACAGGAAAAAAAUUCAACAGCUGCGUUGAAGAUUCAUUUGUGAAGAACAGGAUUAGAAAUCUGUCUUUGUGAUGGCAUUUGCUCUAUUUUUCUAUUUCUGCACGUUAAGUAUAAAUCUCCUCAACAGGAUUUGCUUCCUUUGCCUUAUUGGUUUUUAUAGUGAUUUAUCAUUGAAAGUCAGGCAAAAACAAAUCAAGACCUCUGAAGAAAAAGAAGCUGUUUAGGUUUCUUGGAAAAUAAUCUCUUUAGUCAAAAACUUAACGAUUAAUUGAGAAAUAAGCAGAGGCUGACAAGUGAAUCAGGUGACCUUCAGUCCAGAUUCCUCUGGAUGAUGCAGACUGAUGAUGGAUGCAUGUGAAACCUCUUGCUGUAGAUGACAUCAGUGAGUGGCGGUAAUGUGACAAGCCAUACGGACAGGAAGCUAUCUGGAGAAUGUCUGAGGCGGAUGCUCACAUGAGGGCAUACGUUGCGACUCCUUUGCCAGCUUACUAGAAGUCAUGGCUGUAAGGUGACAUCAUCACCUCACCGAGGGUUGAUUUAGGGAUCUUGUGGCGAUACAUCGUAGUUGCUUGUGAUGCAUCAAAGGAAGGAGAUAACUCUCACUAUAGCGGCUAAAACUUGAACAGUUGUCUCCACAAACAUUUGCAAAAUUUUUACUCACACAUAUUUUCUCUGUCCUGUCUAGUGUCUGUGAAGAGGACGUGACUUUCACCACUGAAGCUGAGACUCCGAAAGGACGAACACUUGCUUUAUCCUUAACUUCCUUUAACUGGACUUUCUCAUCUCUGCUGCUCACACGUGUUUUGGACAGAAGUGAGAGGGGAGGAGAGCGGUUUGUCCACCAUGAACGUCACCUCGCUCUUCUCCUUCACCAGCCCGGCGGUCAAACGACUGCUGGGUUGGAAGCAGGGAGAUGAGGAAGAGAAAUGGGCAGAAAAGGCAGUGGAUGCUCUAGUAAAGAAACUGAAAAAGAAGAAGGGAGCCAUGGAGGAGCUGGAGAGGGCUCUCAGCUGCCCUGGUCAGCCUAGUAACUGUGUGACAAUCCCUCGCUCCCUGGACGGACGGCUGCAGGUGUCCCAUCGGAAAGGUCUGCCCCAUGUCAUUUACUGCAGGGUGUGGCGCUGGCCUGACCUGCAGUCCCACCAUGAGUUGAAGGCCUUGGAGUGUUGCGAGUACCCAUUUGGAUCAAAGCAGAAGGAUGUGUGUAUCAACCCCUACCACUACAAACGAGUGGACAGUCCAGGUGAGUGAAACUCUUUUUGUUUCUGGAAGGACCAGAGCUGUCAAUGAUGCUAAUGAUCCAGUGUCAGUAAUGAACGAAUGAGUCAAAUGAUCCUCAACACAGAUUCCAACUUAAGUGAAACAGAGCAUCACAAUCAGAUUAGUAUUGAAGUUGAGGUAUGAGGAGCAGCAUUGGAUACGGCUGCAGCAAUCGGAUAUUUUAGUAAUCGAGUUUUCUACCGAAUAUUCCAUCAAUUAAUUGAGUAAUUGGAUAAAACAUAUACUUUUUAGUUAAAGUACAAUUAUUAAUAUACAGGCCAAAAAAAGACAUUUAAGUUAAUCAUGACAAAUCAAUUGUCCUUUUUCUAAAACAAGGACACGGAACAAGUUUUGUGCAUAAGCAGAUUGCAAAGCUCGUAAGAAUGCUAAAUAUGAUAUUAGCUUUCAUCAUGCCCCUAAAGACAUUAGUGUCCGAGAUCUGAAUGGCUGCUAUGUUACCUGCUUUUACAAUGUUAGGCUGCAAGCUCGCAUGAAGACGAGCGUGCAGAGCAGCGCUGUCUCCGCCCCACUCAGGGGCGAAGUGCUAAUGAGCUACCGGAGCUCUGCAGAAGAAAAGCCCCUCUCAUCAUUAAUUUUUUUCCACUCCGCAAAAUGAAAAUCGCGCUUUCUCCUCCUACUGUGGUGGAAAAUAAUCCGUGCAAAACAGUGACGAUUUGAGCUUAUGAACGAGUACUUGAGGCAGUGAAAAUCCCUUAUUCACUUUUUUGUAACCGAGGUACUCGAGGAAUCGUCACAACUCUAGAAUUGGAGAAAGGUUGCCAAAUCCCAAAAUGUUGGAGUCGUCAUGAUUCCAGAAUUUUAAUUCGAUACUAGUAGAACUCAAAUGAUAUAGAUACCUGUUUCAAUACCACAAAGAAAAACAUAAUUCAGGGCACCUAAAAUAGCUAUGUGAUAUCUUUGUUAUUGAUUCCAACCUGCACACAGAUACAGACAAAAUCAUUCAACACAGACCAACAUUUAAUAAUUGUCAUACUGUCAGGUCUCAGUAGUAAUAAAAUGUUUACCCUUCAUUUGUAGCCCUUCUGACCCUCGCAUGUAAAAGGUGUUUGAAUCUAAAAAGCCAAAAAAAGACCACCACCUUUAGAAAGAAGAAUGAUGAAAGGCACUUAAAACGAUGUUAUCUUUGCAAACAAGAUACUCUGUAUCCUGGAAGUUACAUAUAGUGCUCCAAAGUGAAAGUUUGAUAACAAGAGUGUGAAAAUGUUUUGAAGCUCAUAAUGAAAGAAAUAUAUUCUCAACCCCUGCAGUGUGUUGAAGAAAUAAUCAGAUUAUUCAAGUAUGAUCAGAUAAAAACCCGCGUCUCGUCAGAAAAAGAAGUGCUUCAAGGCCCUCGCUGUGAAGGAAUUGCAGGAGGAAGACAAAUCAAAUAGUAUUUGGCCUCUUACUAAACAGAAAAUAAGGGUCAGCUGACAAGAUAGAAACAGCUGUCUGCAGGGUGUUAAGUGUGUAAAGGGCCAAGUGUGUGUGUGUUCGCCUGCGUGUGUGUGUGUGUGUGUGUGUGUGGAGCAGGAAAUUCCAUCUCGGGGAGAAUGAAGGCUUUGUUUUGGGCAUGCUCUGUGUUGCCUCCCCCCCCUUUUUUUUAACAUCUAUACACACAUAUAGAUACACACUCCCACAUUUGCACGUGUGUUACAAACACUUGACUACACACACACACCCAUGACUGUAAACACAGUUUCUAUGAGGAUGCCUUGGACAGGAAGCCAGUCACCCACACACAAUGGGAGGAAAGAGUUGUUGCCUGCCUCGCACACUUUUUGCUUUAGCAGCGGGUGGAAGACAGAGGGCUAAGGUGAUUAAACCCCACAGCACCUGUCCGUCCACACUACCCCCUCUCCCCUUCUCCCUUAACACCACUCAUCAACACACACAUCCUGUCAAUCUCCCAGCAUUAUUUUACAAAACACCUGCUCCACAUAUCACUUUAGAAACUAACUGCUACGCUGAAACAUUGGCCCGCUGCUGCACACUCUGUCUACCUGCAGGAACACUAAGAGCAGCGCGGGCCUGUCUAAAAUUUCAGCACCGGCUUUAUUUAUCUGCGCAGGUAUUUAUAGACACAAGUGGAGCGUAUCUGUGUGGUUUGUAUGCACUGCACCUGAAUAGCCCUCACAUCAGCCAGGAUAUUUACCCCAAGUGAUGAAUUCCUCAAGAAUGGCUCAGCUCAAAAUGCCUAUUCAGAGCAGAAACCUGAGAGUCUGGUCCAAAUACUGCUGGCUAAGACCGGCAGCUUGGAAGUUGACUUUUGAAAAAUGCAGCAGAGACAUCUGUGCUCAGAACGCAGGAUCAGGAGAUUGCCGGGAAGAGAGUUCUCUUGAGGAGAACGUGUCAAAAAGCGUAGCUCUUGUGGAGUUUGUUUAAGCAGGUGCACUGUACAAGAUAAAAAUACAGUUCUGAAACUGUUUCACCAUUUUUAAACCAAAGCUGAUUAUGUGUUCUUAUCAAAGCAACCACAGAAUAGGAAACAGUAAAGGUACAUGAGGAUAUAGGUGAGAAGCUGCAUAUUUGAGUGUAUCAUUCGGGGGAACUAACCAGUUUUUAGGUAUUUGGCUGUUCAGAACGGAGCCCAGGGGGUGAUGUUAACUUUUUUUUUUUUUUUGCUUCACUAUCUCACACAUGCAAUUUCGUAUCUCGCUCGUGUGUUUUAUUAUAUCGCAGGUGUGAUUUAACUGUUCGUUGAUAAGCAAAAUCACUUCCUGCAAGUCUGAAAAUUGCUGAUAGCAAAGUCACUGUGCUUUAAGGAUCCUGUUGAGGUGUCUCCUUCUCAUAUCCUACCAAAUGUGGCUAAGCUUUAAAGUAUCUCUUUGUGAGUCCUACCUGAAUGAGAGAAAAUGUUGAUAAUAUCCUCUCUGUCCAUGACACUGUCCUUCUUCUCAUAAAUGGGACGUGCGGAGGAUUAUUUACAAAAACACAUACACAAUACACAAAUAAAACGCACGCAGGAAACAUGUAUAAAACAGACGUGCCAUUAAAUAAAAAGCAGGUGCGAGAUACUAAAACACACAUGCAAAUUAGAAAAAAUAAAGUUCAUGUCACCUCCUGUAGAUCAAUGAAAGACCAAGGAUUCAGUUUGCGUCACAAUUUACUCUCGGGAACUUUUAUGUCUUUUUUCAAAAAUGUCUGUCAUUCGGUCUCUCCUGUAAUGACAUUUGUCGACUGUCACUUAUUUAUCUGGUUACAUUCUGGAGUUCGAAAUACACACAAGUCUUCUGCUCUGUAAAUAUUUGGAGGAAUAGAACAAGACGACAUAAAUGCAUUUUUUUGUUUAUCCUCCCAAAAAAAGGACACAUUAGGUGACUUGAUAGAGAGAUUAGAAACUGUUAUUAUAUAACCUGUUUAUUAAUUUCUGUGAAUUCAGGUUCUCCCCUUCACACACCUUGAUAUGAUGAAGUUAGAAUGCUAAAACUGUAACACAUCUUUUCACAAAAUUAUAAAGAAAAAAAUGGCCCUUCACAGGAUAAAGUCAGAUAUAUUAUGAGUGUGACUGUUAUUUUGGUCAGUCAGUCUUUCCUCAGACGUGUGACUUAUGUAGAGGAACUCCACAAAGUGUAAGAACAUGCAGGGAUAGAUAUAAAAACUUGUGAUGAAUCACAGUGGUUCCCGUUUCAACCGCUUAUAUGACUUUAUUCUUCCCCUCAGUGCUGCCUCCUGUGCUGGUACCGAGGAACAGCGAGUUCAACGCCAAGCAUACAAUGCUGCCCCGCUUCCGCAACCCUCUGCAACAGAACGAGCCACACAUGCCCCAGAAUGCCACCUUCCCUGAGUCCUUUGCUCAGGCCAACACCAUGCCCCCCAAUUUCCCCCAUUCGCCUGGAAACAGCUAUCCAAACUCUCCGGGGAGUGGCAGCAGCGCCACCUUCCCUCACUCACCAUCCAGCUCAGAUCCAGGCAGUCCGUUCCAGAUGCCAGGUGAGAUCCUACAACUCUUCAUCCCCCACUUUUUGCCCUAUCAUUUCUAUUGAACAACAGCUCAGUCCUUUGUUCUUCCUCUCUCUCUGACACAGAGACUCCCCCUCCUGCUUACAUGCCCCCAGAGGAGCCUAUUACUCAGGAUUGCCCCCAGCCCAUGGACACCAACCUCUUGGCUCCACCUUUGCCCCUCGAGAGCAACAAUCGGCCAGGUAACCACGGCACUCACUAUUUUUCACCCACACAGUUACACACACUUGCUCUUGUGUUCACGGUGAUAUCAUCAACAAAAAUCUGUCUGCAACUUCUCAACUGGACCUGCAGGUGUUUCACAAAUUCUGGGAAGCUCGACUGUUUUCAAAGUUUCUUUCCCUCAAACUCUGAACUGUAAGAAAAACUCCAGCUUAGUUUUUAAGCCGUAUCCUGUCUGAUAAAACCUGAACAGAUUGUGGGGAAGAACCUGCUGGUUUCUACAGAGGCUCUGUCUGCUCAUGAGGAGCUCAAAUUAAGCCUGGCCUCAGAGCCGUUAAUGAGGUCUAUAAAAGCUGGAGCUUGUGUCAUCUCUGCUGGAGGUUAUAACUUAAAACUCAUUAACGUUGGGAUUCGCUAAUUACCCCCAACUCUCGAUCUGAAGUGUGGUUCAAUAAUUGCUGUUAUCUCUACUUUAGGGUUUUGAUUGUGUUGUGCAAGAGAGACAUGUCUGAACCCGGCAUUUAGGCUUGAAAUAGUAAGGGGCUGUUUAUGGUGUGUAUAAAAUGCCUGCCUGAGUAUGAGUACCAUAGAGUUGGCAAAGCUAAUGUGGUUGUUGUACAGCGUCUCUUAUUUCCUGAGGUUACAGUGAGGACAGCAGAAGUUGUUACUAACCGUUGGUGCACUGAUUUUGAUCACUUUCUCCAAACACCUUCAUAACAAUGUAAUUCAGAUCUCUGUCAUGUUGUUGAGCCUCACAACUCCAGGUUUAUACAGGAGCGACGGGGGGAAUAUUCUCAUUUUAAAAUGCUGAGAAACACGGGGAGGUACAUUUUUGUUGUAAUUACAAAGUGCUUUUGUGGUAUUUUGUAUUUGCCAUGUUGAAGCCAGUACCUUUGCUAUUGCCUUCACCGAUUACUUUGGCUAGCCAGCACAGAGUCACUACAACCUUUUACAAACUGUAGCUUGUUCAUUUGGAAAUUUCAAAACUUUUUUUUGUCUUUAAUACCUCGACUUUCAUUAACUCCAGCUGUUUGCAGUUACAGUAUUCUGCGCUGAUUUGAAAUGACAGCCAUACUAUGAUCAUAACUUAAGUUUUCCACACUUCGACCUACAAAAUGUUAUCCGGGAUCUCGCUCUCGAAGCCCCAAAAAAAAAUCCUGCCCACACAUGGUGACAGCAGUGGCGGGAAGAGCUGUUGAAAUGUUUGCUGGAAGUGGGAGUGUAGGGAGUUUUUUGUCUUUUCCACAAGCUGCAUCCUGUACAGAGGAGCGGGCUUCUAUUGUAGGCCAGCUUUGGGAGGGGGACAGACAAAACACACCUGCUAGCCAGUGCCACGCUGCAGAGGAAGUUUGGGAGAAGUAUGUGCUUAGAUAAACAUGAUUUAUUCCUCUCUCGGAGCGGGUGAGGCCAGCUGGCACAGGCUCGCCUUCAGAUCAGGGAACAGAGACAGUGGUCAGGCAGCUACUAUUGACUGUUUGCCUGUUCAAUAGAGGCUGGAACACAGACAGCAGGGAUGCUUCAGUACGCCUCUACAUUGAUUUUACUCCGAUUAAAUGCACACAAAUGUAGCCAUUGGUUCCUGUGAGUUAAUUCAGAUAGCUGUCGGGGGAUACAGCAGACAAACCGGAGAAAUAAUUGUGCAGAUGAGUCAGACUGAUUGAGUCUUUGCUUGUAUCAGUAACUACAAGAGAUGAGUCUUAAAUGUGUGUCAAAUUCUUCUUUUGUCUCUGCAUGUACGUUGCGCUCUGCUCACCCCUGUGACCUGUCAAUGUGUUUCCUGUGCAGAUGUGCAGCCUGUGGCUUAUGAGGAACCCAAGCACUGGUGCUCUAUUGUUUACUACGAGCUCAACAAUCGUGUCGGGGAGGCGUUCCAGGCGUCCUCCACCAGUGUGCUUGUUGAUGGCUUUACAGAUCCCUCCAAUAACCGCAACCGAUUCUGCCUCGGCCUGCUCUCGAACGUCAACCGCAACUCCACCAUCGAGAACACCAGGCGGCACAUCGGCAAAGGUGCAGUACGGAUAGCCUGUCAACGACUGCAGUGGCUGUUAGCAUACCAGACUUAAUCAAUGUUGUCAAUAGAUGUGUAGACAAAACAAUAACUUGUAACAGAGUAAACAUGUAUUGACUAAAUUGACCUCCUUGAUGUUUCCAGACGUUUGUUUUUGCAACUAAAUUCAACCCAGGUGACCAAUGCCGCUCUCUCCCCUGGUUCCCCUCAGGUGUUCAUCUGUAUUACGUUGGUGGAGAGGUGUAUGCAGAGUGUCUGAGUGAUAGCAGUAUUUUCGUCCAGAGUCGUAACUGUAACUACCAUCAUGGCUUCCAUCCCACGACUGUGUGCAAAAUUCCCAGCGGCUGCAGCCUGAAGAUUUUUAACAACCAGGAGUUUGCCGAGCUGCUGGCCCAGUCUGUCAACCACGGCUUUGAAGCUGUUUACGAGCUCACCAAGAUGUGUACCAUCCGCAUGAGCUUCGUUAAGGUGAGAGAUUUUAAAAACCUAUUUGGGCUGUUAUGUACUCUGCAAUAGUCUCCUACGAUGUUAAGAUAAUGUUGUUUUCUGUUUAUGUCAAUAUCAACAUGUUUGCCUUCACGGCUCUUUAUGUGUGUCUUUUGUUUUUGUUUUUGAAUUAAUCUAGGAAAUGUAUUUAUUACCUCAAUGUUAGUAUUCUGAACUUCAAACUUGGGUUGAAAAAUUUUCAACCCAAAACUGAUAUGAGCCAUCAGCUUCAGUUUGGUGGUGUUCAGUUUGAAAAAAAAUGCUGUGUUUUUCUUCCCAGUUUGCCUGAUUUCUUUAGCUUUGAUUUCUGCUCUACUUCUUUACUUGUGCCAGAUGUUGGUUGAACUUGUGCUCUGCAAAGUGCAUCGACUACUGUCUUUGAGCAGCUACAUAUUUCUGAUACCUUGUAUGAGAUAAAACUAGUUUCAAAUGUAGUUAAAAGUUUGAUCAGAAAAGGUUAGAAAUCAUCACUGGACCUUAAAUAAAAUUCGGAUCACCCACUGUAAGACAAAGAACCUGUGGUGAAUUACAAUUUUAUGUGUUUCUGUGUGUUAAAGGGCUGGGGAGCGGAGUACCAUCGCCAGGAUGUGACCAGCACGCCCUGCUGGAUUGAGAUCCACCUGCAUGGCCCCCUGCAGUGGUUGGAUAAAGUGCUCACCCAGAUGGGCUCCCCCCACAAUCCUAUAUCCUCCGUCUCCUAGGCUUCACUGUCCUCAGCCCUGUGGCUGUCCACACCCCAGCAUUUUGGUCUAAGUAGCAAGAAAAGGGUCACAUAUCAGCUUGUGGUUCAGCCAGGGUGCUUUUUCCGAUUAACUGAAAGUGGUUUUGGCUGAAAAGCUAGCUGAUCUGGGACCAGUAGGGCUGGGCGGGUUUAAAUGGGUUGGUUUGUUCUCUACUUGAAGGAUGUCUGAAUUAGGCACAUUUACAGUCUGGGAGAGGGGUAAGCAAAGUGAGCAUGAUGCAACUGGAAGAUACUUGAUCUUUGUGACCAACUGUAAUAAUUCGACCAUCAUACUCAUCAUGAAGCAAGUAUCCUCCCUGAUCUUGCUCCCACAAUGUCUUUUCAUUCACUGUUGUAUUAUAAUGACACAAUACUGGUUUGCAUCUAAAUAUUCCCUCUGAAAUCCAGAUAUUCGCGUGUAGUUCCAAUAAUUAUGGACAUUCCAGGUCGCCUUAAUUUGCAGUUGUCUGCUGUCGCUGCAAUGAGGCCGGCAUGAAAUGUACUUACGACAUUUAAAAAGUAGCACAGAAUUUGAGUUUGAAUAGUAUACGUGAAGUUAUACUUCAACAACUUGUAUGUCAUAUCGUCAAAUUGUUCUUUUAAUAGGCUACAAAAUUAAGCAGUGUGAUGUUUUUAAAUCGAAACAAAAUCUCAAACCAGAUGAUGAAAACUAAAAGGAAGGGAGACAAUUAGGGUGAGUUUGAGAGAUAAGAGUAGGGUUUAGUGUGGGGGCAUGGCACUCAAAGGGCAUUUCAGACUAUUCAGAAAAAGAAGACUAAUGUUUAAAUGUUGUUCAUCUUGUGUUACACUCAUGUUUCAAAGGAAUUUUAAAGAAAAAAAGAAUAGUGUUUAGAUAUAUUCACUUCUAGAAUAUGUGCUGUGCAGUCUGGUUUUGCAAAGCAUAGUUUGGGUAGUGUAGUGUUACACAUAUAAAGACUGGUAGCUGAACACACAACAACAAAGCAGAGGCAAAAACAAGUGCAGAUUAGUUUGUCCCUUAGCAGCAGAACUAUAUUUGUCAUAUACAGUCACAUUAAAGACAUGCAUAUUUCAGUGACUGGGCUUCAUUCUCUAAUUACAUCAACUGAGCAAAUCAUGUUAAACGACUGUUACGGAAAGUAUUGAGCAUUCAAAUUUUAAUGGUUGACUGAGAAAAGGGUAUCAGUACCUGGUGGCCCAGUAUGUUUUUUUUAUAUAAAUAUAUAUAAAAUACAGAUUUUUGCCAUUCAAUUCUUUUGUGCUUUGAGCAAUCCUCUUUGCUACUAAACUGUAUUACUCUUGACAUUCUUUUUGUAUUUUUUGAACAUGUUUUCUGUUUUGUUUGUCUGCACUUUCACACAUUGCCUUUGUUUAGUUUUGAUUUUUCUUUUCUCCUUGUAUUUGUGCUCAGUUAAACUCCCAGAAAGCAGUUUUAUUCCAUGAAUAUCAAGCCUCUACUGGAAGAUUCAAUAAAUUUGUUUCAUUACUUACAA